CAUUGUGUACAAAGAGUUAUAGUUCAGCACCCUUUUCUUCCCCUUUCUGCUGCUCAUUAAAGACUCGUUUGACACAAAAUAUCUUUCGGAUCUCGAUGUCUGUUUAUACAACAGUGUUUCCAAUGGAGUACAAUUUGCUUGUGCGUGUUCAGUUAUUCAUUUUAGCAGCAUCCCCUGCUCUCAGAAGUCAAAAGCUUUUGGUGUUGUCGGAAAUGCAGAACGUACUUUGACUGCAUCAGUAAACUUGAUCUUUGUGGGCAAAAGCACCUGUUGUCUUCAGAGCAACCGUCCCCACAGAGUUGCCCUCUGGUUGAGGCUAUUUUUAGGGUGGCUGAGAUGUUGUGAGUGCUAUUUUUUGCGCCCCAUGCAAUCCUGCAGCUUGACGGGCGCAGCAGGCGACACACGCCAACUGCUUCUCUAGUUGUGGGCUGGUUGGGACGGCAAAGCAGAAGAGUGACCAGUUUCAGGAGAUGUGUUACAGUAAGAUGAGCAUGCCCUCUUUCAGCGCUUUCUGCGGCAGGGGGAAGUUGGUGUGGUUGAUGGAGGUUGUGGUACGAAAAAGUGUGUGAAGAGGAGCGAAAGAUGUUGCAACAGGGCAUAGUCCCCUCGCAUUGUGCGUUGGCAGACUUUGUCCAGCAAGUAGAGCGCAGCCGUUUGCAUGCGCGUGCAUCUUCUUUAGGAUAGGCGGUUGAUGUUUUCUGUUUCUUUUUUUUUUUUUUUUUUCUGUGGUGAUGCAGAAGUAUUCAUUUACUUCGCACAGAAUUCCACCCUGUUGGAGCAACAAUGACUUCUCAUGUGAAACUCAGGAAGGAGAGAGUGGGUUUGGUGGACUAUGACACACAGAUAAAAGAGGUACGCUGCCAGCUUGUAGACCAGCUAAAGGUGUUGGACUUGCAGCUCGAGCAUAAGACCCAACAAUUGCAAGAUCUGACGGAUUACCUGCGUCGACGGGGUGAGAUUGAAAGCGAGUAUGCCCGGUCCAUGGAAAAACUUGCUGAGAGGUUUACUUCGAGGAUUAAGAGGAAGGAGCCCAGCACUCACUCAGUGUCCCAGGUCUGGGUAGCUCUGCUGUCCCAGACCCGUCAGGAAAGUAGGGACCACAAUGGACUAAGUGAGAGUUGCAGCAACUUUCUGAUCCAGCCCCUCACACACUGCCUGGAAUUCACACAGCGCCUCGCUAAGAAGAGUAAAGACAUCUGUACCCAACUACAAGACGGGCUACUCAAGGUUACCACGGAGCUCCAGACUGCAUGGCGUACGUACUACCAGUAUCACUCCGAAUACGUGAGUGCGGAGGGGAAGCUGAAGGAAGCAGAAAAGCAGGAGGAAAAGCAGAAGCAGAGUGCAGCUAAGAAACUUGAGCGGUUGAUAGAAAAGAGACAAGCCAAAGUCCAAGACAUAUAUCUGAAGUGCAGCAAGGCCCGAAACGAAUACCUCCUAAACCUGGCUGCAGCCAAUACCUCUAUAAAUAAAUACUAUUUGCAGGAUGUUUCUACUCUCAUAGACUGUGCAGAUAUUGGGUACCACCUCUCUUUGGGACGGGUGAUGCAGGCCUACCUGUCCAGACGGUGGCAGGCCCAACAGAACCUGAACACUGGUCUGCAGCAGUUCCAGAAGGCCGUGUCGGGUCUGGAUCAGAGCCAAGAUAGAGACGUUCUCCUGCAGGACCACUACAACACCUUCUGCAUGCCCCUUCGCUUCCCCUAUCAGCCCCACGAAGGAGACCAGGUUUCUGAGAUCAGUGCAGAGUGUGAGAUGAGGUGCGAGCUGGAGACCCGAUUCAGACAGAUCCAAACACGACUGAAAGCCGUCACCCAGGAAACGGAGGAGGCUAGUAAAAACAUGUCAACAGCUCAGUCUUCACUACUUGAGGGGAUUGGUGAAGAUGAUCUGGAACUGGGCAGUGGCUGUGGUCCGUCCCAAGAGGGCAGCACGGAGAAUCUGACAGUCAAGCCCAGUGUAGCUCGCCGCAGGGCUAACCUCCAAGAAAUGGAAAACCUAUAUUUCACUAGGGCCAAAGAAUAUCUUGUUGGCAGUUCUCUGGUUUCUAAACUCCAAGCCAAACAUGACCUCCUUAAAGUCGCUGUUGAAAAAGCUGAAGCAGAAAAUGGACAUCAGCGAAGACAUACUGGGAAGUCUUUGCGCAUCAAAAGGAAUCAGUCGAAUGCCAGUUUGAUACACAACCACAAACUUUUCAAUGGAGACAUGGUGUCCUUCAUACAGGCAUCGGGACAACAAAUUCCUAUUGUUGUGGAAAGCUGCAUUCGCUACAUCAACCUCAAUGGUCUUCACCAUGAAGGGAUUUUCAGGGUGCCGGGAUCUCAGAUGGAGGUCAAUAACCUGAGGGACGCAUUUGAGCGAGGUGAAGACCCCCUGGCUGAAGGGAUCCAUGAUUUGGACUCUGUGGCUGGAGUGCUGAAGCUGUACUUCAGAGGUCUGGAGAAUCCACUCUUUCCCAUUGACAGCACCAGUCGGCUCCUGGAGCAAGCUCAAAUAAACAACGAAGCAGAGAGAGCAGCUCAGUUUAAGACGAUUAUCUUUUCCUACCCCGAGCCCAUCAUUGUUGUUAUGAGAUACCUCUUUGCUUUCCUUCAUCAUGUGUCUCAGUACAGUGACGAGAACAUGAUGCAGCCUUACAAUCUGGCUGUGUGUUUUGGCCCCAGCCUGGUCAGAGGAGCUCAGGAUGAUGAUGUUGUGACCCUGCAGCCUCAAAUCAAUGCUUUGGUUAAGAGCAUCAUCCUCCAGUAUGAAAGUAUCUUUCCCAGUCAGAAUGAAGUACAAGGGCCCGUAUACGAGAAGUGUAUGACACUUGAACAGCAUGACUGUGACCCCAAUAUUGAGGAAGGAGAGGUGGAAGUAGAGACCACUCAUUCCAAAGAUGAUUUGGAAACUGGAUUCUCGGCUGAUAACGACCUUAGUGUAGCUACAUCACAUACACAGACAAAGACAGGACGUCCCCGAGCCAACAGCAGUGGCUCCAUAGAGCCCAGCAGGACACCAGCUGGACCAGCAGGAGGCGGACUAACCACUGCUGGGAAGUUUUCUCUUCAGAUUCCGGUUGGGCCACAGAACAAGCCGAGGAGAUUUCACUCCCCGACUUUUGUGCGCAAAGAAUUGCAGCAAAGCUCAUCUGCUGAGGACAUAGCUGUUAAAGUAGAUAAGUCUCUUUCUCUCAUCGCAACUGUAUUUCUCACAUUCAAGGAGGUCUGUCGCCAGAUGGAGUCGGUCUUCAGAGAGCUUCUCUUGCGGCAAACACAGCAAGAUCCUAACUUCACCGUCUCCGCACCUUCUGCUCAGGCUCCUCAAAAAAAGGGGAAGCGAGAAGGACGCAAGGGAAGA